CUGUAUGAGAACUUCAUCAGUGAGUUUGAGCACAGGGUGAACCCCUUGUCCCUGGUGGAGAUCAUUCUCCAUGUGGUCAGGCAGAUGACAGAUCCCAACGUGGCCCUUACUUUCCUGGAAAAGACUCGGGAAAAGGUGAAGAGCAGUGAUGAAGCUGUCAUUCUGUGUAAAACAGCCAUUGGGGCACUGAAGCUGAACAUUGGAGACCUCCAGGUCACCAAGGAGACCAUUGAGGAGGUGGAGGAGAUGCUGAACAACCUGCCCGGGGUGACCUCAGUUCACAGCCGCUUCUAUGACCUCUCCAGCAAGUACUACCAGACCAUCGGGAACCACGCCUCUUACUACAAGGAUGCUCUGCGGUUCCUGGGCUGCAUUGAUGUCAAGGACCUGCCGGUAUCAGAGCAGCAGGAGAGAGCCUUUACCCUGGGACUGGCCGGGCUCUUGGGAGAAGGAGUUUACAACUUUGGGGAGCUGCUCAUGCACCCUGUCCUGGAGUCACUGAGGAGCACGGACCGGCAGUGGCUCAUUGACACCCUCUACGCCUUCAACAGCGGGAAUGUCGAGACCUUCCAGGGCCUGAAGUCAGCGUGGGGCCAGCAGCCAGAUCUGGCUGCAAACGAGGCGCUGCUGCUGCAGAAGAUUCAGCUGUUAUGUCUUAUGGAGAUGACGUUCACGCGCCCAGCCAACCACAGGCAGCUCACCUUCGAGGAGAUUGCCAGGAGUGCCAAGGUCACCGUGAACGAGGUGGAGCUGCUGGUGAUGAAGGCUCUCUCGGUGGGCUUGGUGAAGGGCAGCAUCGAUGAAGUGGACAAGAGGGUGCACAUGACGUGGGUGCAGCCGCGUGUGCUGGACUUACAGCAGAUCAAAGGAAUGAAAGACCGCCUGGAGUUCUGGUGCACAGACGUGAGGAGCAUGGAGAUGCUGGUGGAGCACCAAGCCCAUGACAUCCUGACAUAGAGCACCCUGCACUGCCCCUGGAGAGGGAAUCCUGCUGCUCCUGGUGCCAGCAGCACUCAGACCACUGACUCUGUACUGCGUUGUACUGGGGGGUGGGCAGAGGGGGGAGCAGCUCUUGAGGCUUGUUGGGAGGAGUAAGUGGCCUUUUGCUGUGUGACCCUUUGGUGCUUGGAGUCGAGAUUUCCCUGAUCACUCACGCGGGUGGCACAGACCUGGGGGCUCCCAUCCUGCUCUGGCAAAGGGGU